CCAUCAGGCAGACAUCGCUGGCAGACAAGGCAACAGACUAGGCCCAGAACCUGCCCCGCCUAUGUGAGGCCCAUCGCUGGCUGCCUCAUUCUCGCGCCCCCCACCCCUACGGAACCCUGCGAGUGGGUGGGCCCGCAGCCUGGAACCUGUUGCCCAGAGUGACCAAACAGUACUCUGCAGGGCUCAGCCUGUCCUCUGGGUGGGCUUCCUGCACUCCUGCCUGUGCUUCCGUGGCCUGCCUCCCCAUGCAGCCCCCCAAACCCUUCUGCACGCCCACAGCUCCCCAAGAAGGCUUCGGCCCCCAGGGCCUGUGUGGCGGCGCCGAGGGCUCAGGCAGCCAGCCUGCUGCUGCCUGCAUGGAGUCUAUGGGCUCCUCCAACUUGUACCAUCCCCCAAACCUGGAGAAAGAAGGAUUUCUGGGCUCUCCAGCAGGUUUCCAGAUGGCACCCUGUGGGUGCAUCUUUGACCCCCGCGUCUACCAGAUCAAGUGGGUCGACACUGACGUCAGCCAGUUCCCUCUGUACGAGCUGGUGGUAGUCGGUGGCGGGGGGCCAGCUGGGGGCCCUGCCUCGCCGGGCACCCACCUCCUUGAGCCCCAACACCAUCUGAAGGUCUCGCCGCUGCCUCAGCUGUACCCUCGCUACCAGCCAGCGCCUGGGGGCCCCCAGGACCUCAUGCCCUACUUCCCACCCGAGGAGCCCAGGCCAGAGGCCCUGGGCUUUGUGGGGGACGGGGGGCCCCCAGUGUUUAUGGAGCCGCCCCCACCCGUGCUCAUGGAAAGCCUGGGCCCCCCUCCACCCAAGAAGAUAAAGGUGCCCCAGCUGGCCAACACCAUCUCUGCUGAGGCUGAGCUGUCACCCGGCAUCUACGACCGCCUCAAGAACCGCCUCAGCCAGCUGAACGGGACCCCCGAGCCCCCGGCUGUUCCUGUCCAGGAGCCACAGGCCGGCUGCUCCAGUCCGGGCCUGUUGUACCCUCUGGGCCCCGGGGAGCCCGAGGUGGCCGCGGGAGAGGCCCAGAGCCCGGAGGCAGCCAAGGCCUUCCUGCUGCCUGAGCAGGUGCCCCUGGAGGACGUCAUGAGGCUCUUCGACUGCCUGCUGGGUGGUGCCGAGCACGAGGGGACACCAAGCAAGGCCCCCGGGCCAGCCCUGCCCGGCAGCAGUGGGACCGACCCAUCCAGUGACAUCCGCUCGCUGCACUUGCCCGACAAGCUGCUGUCCUUCGACUACAGCGUGCCUGAGGUCCUGGACGCGGUGUCCAGCGUGGACGACCUCUUCAACGUCAAGGCCGUCGGGGAGGAGCCUCUGCCCCACCCCGGGCUGCCGGCUGCCGGCACCGCGCUCGCUGCUCUGCCGCCUGAGCUGCCCAGCAACAGGAAGGCUGGCGCCUCUGCCAAGAAAGGGCGGCCCAGAGGCAAGGCCAGGCAGGCCGCCAGGCCCAGGCACGGCCGGGCCGCCGUCCCCCAUUAAAGCGUAUUUGACUGUA